UGAGACUUCCAAGAUUGAAACAUGUCUCGAUGUUGUUGUUGGUGUUUAAGAUUUAGCUAAAACAUGUCUCGAUGUUGUUUAAGAUUCAGCUACUCGGAACAAAAAGUUGCAAGUAGCACGGGCUAUGGCACUGUAGUAUUUUUGAAAGUAUAAAUAUACUGUAUAUAUGAAGCACAGUAUACCGAUACUGCACAUCAAAAAUAAAAAUGAGUAGCCUAACUGAAGAACAACGACGCCGCAUAGAAGAAAACCGAUUAAAAGCACUUCAGAAAAGGACAAAGCAACAAGUUUCUGGUGGCAGUGAUUUUUCCAAUGUUUUCAAAGGCACUGGCCCAAGUUUUGUAAGCAGUUCUUCAGCCCAGACCAUUCAGAACAAAAACACCGAACAUGUAAAUAAUGCAUAUCAACCACAAUCAUUAGGGAGUAGCAGCAAUGCAUCUCAUAGCAAUUAUAAUGAUCAGGCCUCAUUUAACACACCAAGUACCUACACUGAUGAGGCCAAAAGAAUAGAAGAAAACAGAAGAAGAGCUUUGGAGAAACGUGCAGCUCAAAUGAAAAGUCUGACAGGAAAUGUAAAUUCCCAGCCUUCAGUACAGCAAAAUUCUUUACAUAUUAAUGCCGAUAAUCCAUCUUCUGUGGGUGAAAAGUCGGCAUCAAGUUUUUAUAAAACAAGUCAAACAAAUCAAUCGCAUCAAACCUCUGUACCUAAUUUCAGACCUAAUAAAUAUAAUAGUGGAACAAGCAAACCUGUAACCUCUUUUAAAGCUGCUGCACAGCCAGUCAAUGGGCUGUACCUGAGCCCCACAAAAGUCAACACGAUCCUGAAUCACCUAGAAGGGACUGAAGGUGGAUCAUCCGGAGGAAGUCCCACAAAAGUGACAUUGGGCAAGACAGUAAAGGGAACAUUCAGACUGCAGUCCUUAGAUAGAUUCAUUGUGGAUGUAGGAUUCCAUUCACAAAUGAUUGAGGUGUUUAAAACUAUGACAACAAAACAAUAUGAUGCUUCUAUACGAAAAUGGAACUUUGCUUUAAGUGAACAUGAUAAAUUGGUUACAGCUCUCUCUCCCCUCAGACCAGCUGUCUGCAUUAGCCCUCUUCCAUCAUUUGUUCGCAAGGCCCUGGCAUCUGUUACACAACAAGUUCCAGCUUCGUGUGUGGACUUGUUUGGGUUGGAUCCCAAGCUCCUGGACUCCCUGAUGCCUUUUCAACAUGACGGUGUGUGUUUUGGUGUAAGUCUUGGAGGCCGUGCGAUGUUUGCUGAUGACAUGGGUCUUGGGAAGACCAUACAAGCACUGGGAGUUGCAGCCUAUUACCGGAGAGAGUGGCCAAUGUUGGUGGUGACUCCAUCCACAGUUCGGUAUUCAUGGGUCAGUUCAAUAGAACGGUGGGUGUCAUCGGUGAAUAGGUCAGACAUAGUUGUCAUUGGCUCAGGUCGGGAUAACUUCAACGGAGCUGAAGUGGUCAUCGUGAGUUACGACCUCUUGUCACGUAGAGCCAAAGAAAUUCUGGAUCAUAACUUUCAAGUUGUAAUAAUGGAUGAAUCACAUAUGCUGAAGAGUUUUAAGACAGCGAGAUACAAGGCUGCUGCACCCAUCAUGAAGAAAGCUAAACGCGUUUUGCUGCUGAGUGGAACACCGGCCCUCUCGAGACCCUCGGAACUCUUCACACAGAUUAAUGGAAUAAACCCAAAGCUUUUUCCCAGUUUCCAGGAGUAUGGUAUUCGUUACUGUGCUGGGAAUCAUACCCCAUGGGGAUGGGACUUCUCGGGUUUCAGCAACAUGGAAGAACUACAGAUUAUCUUGCAGGCCAAACUCAUGAUCCGCAGACUCAAGUCGGAGGUGCUCGACCAACUACCUGCUAAACAAAGAAUGACAGUCAUCUUAGAUCCAGCAUCUGUUCUAACUGGCACCAAAGCCAUGCAAGCUGCAGCAAAGCAACUUGGCCUGAAAACUCUUAAUGGAGCAGAGCGACAUGGUGCCCUUCUCCAGUUCUUUAUAGAAACAGCUCAAGCUAAGCUAAAAGCCGUGAGUGAUUACGUCAAGGAGCUGUUGGAGUCGGACAAGAAGUUCCUAGUGUUUGCCCAUCACAAAGUUAUGAUGGACAAGCUGUGUAAUACUUGUGACAGUGUCAACUGCAAGUAUAUCAGGAUCGAUGGCAAGACUAAUGCAGAAUUGAGGCAAAACUUAGUUACAAAAUUUCAAACAAAUGAUGAUAUCAAAGUUGCAGUUCUGUCCAUUACAGCUGCUAAUACUGGAAUUACGCUUACUGCGGCUCAGAUUGUUGUCUUUGCGGAAUUAUUUUGGAAUCCAGGGGUUCUUGUGCAAGCUGAGGACCGAGCUCACAGAAUAGGUCAGCAAGACUGUGUGAUGGUGCAGUAUCUGGUGGCUCGAGGAACAGCUGACGACUACAUCUGGAAUUUGAUUCAGUCUAAAUUGGACGUGCUUGGAAUGGCUGGCCUUACUAAAGACAACUUUUCCACUGCAGAUUCAACAUUCCAGAAGGGAAAUGAGCAAGAGAGCAUCUUGAACUAUUUUGAUCAGUUAGAAGAUGAUGAAUGUAUCGAAGAUUCCACUGAUGAGCCCACCUUCUCCACAAAAAAGCAGAAGACCUUGUGAUUACUCAAGUUGUGAAUAAAAUACUAUAGGUGCCCCCCCUCCCCUCCCUCCUUGUAUAUAACCAGAACCAUUGGAAUAAUAUAAAUAAUGAUUUACUGAAACAAGUGUGCCUGCAACUUCUCGCCUGUAUGAACCACUGAGUUGCCCGACAUCCAUCAUUUUAAACUACUUUACGCUACUGUCACCAUUCUGAUCCACUGUGCCUUAUAGGUAUAUAUAUAAGGCAAUAUAUAUAUAUAUAUAUAUAUAUAUAUAUAUAUAUAUAUAUAUAUAUAUAUAUAUAUAUAUAUAUAUAUAGCAUAUACAUAGAAAUAUAAUAUUUCCAGCUUAUAUGUGCCUUAUGUAACUAUUGAAAGUUUUAACAAUUGUUAUAAGAAAUGAAAUAUCCAAAAGUGUAAAUGUUAUGCAUGGGAACAUUUUCAAUAUAAACUAACCAAAGUGAAAAGCCUUUCAGGAUACGUGUUACUUAUCAUCAACCAUCCGUCACCAUUUGGUUUUCUUUAUACUGUACCUUAAAUAUAAAGUGUAAAUAUUGUCUUCUUUUUAUUUUCUUUGCAUCUAUUAUGUACUGUAUUAUGAAAGGUGUUGCAAAGGGUAUUGUAAUGAGUAAUGUAAUGUAUUGUAAAUAAUGUACCCACUUUUGUAAUGAGCCAAAUUCUACAUAAAAAAAUACUAAUAA